UCCAGUAGCAGCUGCUGCUGUGUUUAAUUCUCUUCGCACCCACCCACUCCCUCAAUUUUUGCAGAGACUGGGGUUUUAUCUGGUGACCUGGCUCAAGCUGUCAGUCUGUAGGUUUGCGGAAGAAGAAUUAAGAAAACUUAGAAACAACAGAGAAAGAAAGAUAAAAAUCGAGCCCCGAACUGUGAGUCAGUGGAACUGUCGUACCGGCUUUCUUAUUGGUGUUGCAUUAGCAAGGCAGAAGCAGUCUCUUGCAUUUUAAUGCGCCUAGAGCCUGCUUCGCUCACACCGACGCUCUCGUCAGUGAUCUCAGAUCUGAAACGUCUCUUUCACACUCUCUCUUUCUCUCUCUCUCUCACUCUCUCUCUCUCUCUCUCUCUCUCUCUCUCUCUCUCUCUCUGAGUAUCUCGGAGUAUCUCCAGUGGUAGGGAAAAGAAGCAGCAGCGGGGCGGUGGCGAUCCGUGUUGAAUUGCACGCAGUGCCCCCCAACCUCAAUGAUUCACAUCAGGAGACACUGACAGACGUAUCUCCUGGUAAAGGAUAGUGCGUGGUAACCAUGACGACGGAGACCAGCAUGGAGGUGGAGGUGAAAAAAGUGGCAGAGGAGCCUCCCCAGCAGCAGGGGGCAGCGGUGAACAUGCAGGAUGGCAAUAGACCCAAGGAGGGUCAUGACGGAAAGCUACCCGAAGACCGGGAUUUGAGGGAUGGGGAUGAUGUCUCAGAGAAGACCACCCCCAGCAAGAUCCCCAAAUCCCCCCAGAAAUCGUCCAAGCGGCUAAAGACCAUCCCAUUUAAAGUGACCCUACUGGACACCUCUGAGUACGAGGGUGAGAUCGAGAAGCACAGCCGAGGACAGGCUCUCCUCGACAUGGUGUGUGAGCACCUCAACCUUUUGGAGAAGGAUUACUUCGGGUUGACGUUCUGCGAUAUGGACAGUCAGAAGAACUGGCUGGACCCUUCAAAGGAGAUCAAGAAACAGAUGCGCACUGCCUCGUGGCAUUUUGCCUUUGCGGUCAAGUUCUAUCCACCAGACCCAUCCCAGCUAAUCGAGGACAUCACCAGGUAUUACUUGUGCCUGCAGCUCCGGGAUGAUAUCUUGUCGGGCCGGCUGCCCUGCUCCUUUGUCACGCAUGCUCUGCUGGGCUCAUACGCCGUGCAGGCCGAGCUCGGAGACUUCGACCCGGAGGAGCACGGUGCAGACUACGCCAGCAACUUCCGCUUCGCCCCGAACCAGACCCGCGAACUGGAGGAGAGAGUGAUCGAGCUGCACCGCACCUACAGGGGGAUGAUGCCUGCAGAGGCUGAAAUCAGCUUUCUUGAAAAUGCCAAGAAGCUCUCGAUGUAUGGAGUUGACCUGCACCAUGCCAAGGACUCGGAAGGGAUUGACAUCAUGCUGGGGGUCUGUGCCAAUGGGCUGCUCAUCUAUAGGGACCGGCUGCGAAUCAAUCGUUUUGCCUGGCCCAAGAUCCUCAAGAUCUCCUACAAGAGAAGCAACUUCUACAUCAAGAUCCGGCCCGGAGAGUAUGAGCAGUUUGAGAGCACCAUUGGCUUCAAGCUGCCAAACCACCGGGCUGCCAAGCGUCUCUGGAAGGUCUGCAUCGAGCACCACACCUUCUUUAGGCUGGUGUCCCCCGAGCCACCUCCCAAAGGAUUCCUGGUAACGGGUUCCAAGUUCCGAUACAGCGGGCGGACACAGACCCAAACGCGGCAGGCCAGCGCACUCAUCGACAGGCCGGCCCCUACAUUCGAGAGGUCAGCCAGCAAGAGGUACCUGCUGUCCCGCAGCCUGGAUGGAGAGUUCUCCCGCCCAGCCUCCGUCCUCGGAGAGAACCGUGAGGGAGUGGCGCAACGCAGCGCCAGUGAGAGGCAGCGGAGACGAUCGGGAGAUGAGCAGGAUGAGGAGAGUUCCUACAGUGCCACCUCGCCCACCAAGAUCAAGGAGUUCAAGAAGGAGGAUAUGGAGGACGAGUUACCAGCCGACAAUAAGCAGGAGUCGGAUCAGGAGUCCACCCCCCAACACAAACAGGAGUUCCCGGACAAGACAGAGGAUGUGUUGAUGAAGCACCAGGCCAGCAUCAAUGAGCUGAAGAGAGCCUUGAAGGAACCCAACAGCAAGCUGGUCCACCGGGAAAAACGGCUUUCCGCCACCUCCCAGAAAUACAGGGGCUCAACCGGGACCACGCCAGAGAAGAAGCCUUCGUCGGGAGAAGAGGGGAGGGAGGAGCCUGUGGCCACUGCUGUAGAAGGCUUCACCCAGAAGACUGUGGUAUCUUCACCCGAGGGCUCUGAGGAGUGGGUAUUUAUUGAAAAGCAUAUCUCCAGCCAAGAGCUGCUGGCUGUUGCAUUGAAAGAUAAGAAGGAAAAGUCUUCUGCUCAGGAUCAGGAGCAAGCUGUAGACUCCCUAGACAGAACAGAGGAGGAAAGCCUUGCUGCGGUAAGCUCACAGGAGGAGGCUGUUCAAAAAUUAGGAGGAGCUCAAGAGGGCAAGGAUAUGAUGGAGGACCAGGAUGCUGCAGAAGAGACAGUGGUUCAGGAAGCUUUGGAUGAGAAAGCAGUGACUGGCAAAGAAGCCCCCUCAGCACAAGAAUAUGGAGCAGAAUCUUCCAAACCACAGAAUCUUGAAAAAAAACUGGAUGACACUGUAACUGUCUGUCAAGAGGGAACUCAAGCCCAAGAAUCUUUGGGUGAAUCUGUAAAAGAGAAAUCACAAGGUGUUUCUGAAAUAGAGGCUGAAUCCUGGGUCUUGGAAACCCAAGAUGAACGACAGACCGACUCUGUUAGAGUCCAGAAGGAGCUGAGACCACAAAGCCUCAACCUUGGGAAGCCUGCAGACCUGUUUUAUGAGACAGAACAUCCAGACACUGGAGAGGAAAAUAAGGAUUUGGAGAGCGAUGAAGAAACACCACCAGAUAAAAUACACAGUGAAGGAAAUGAAUCUGAAGAAUAUAGGUCAGAUUUUCAGGAGACGAUGACUGUUUCAUCAGAACCCUAUUUGCAAAUGGAAGAAGUAGAGAGACCAAAGUCACCUUCUUCCCUAGAAAAGCAGACUUCCUUACUCCAAGAUGCAACCGAGGUGCAAUCAAAACCAAAAUCAGAACCUCCAGAUUCUAGGCCAUCCUUAAAGCAAGAAGAGACAAGCCCUAAUAAAGUUAAAGGGAAUGAACUAGCUUCCUUUCUGAAUGAGGAGGAAGCAAAAGUAGGAGUUGGUGACAGUGGAAAAUGUGAAACUGAGGAAGAUGAGAAAAAUACCGUGACAGAGGAAAAAUACAUGUCUUUAAUUAAAACAUGCUCAGUUCUGAGUGUGAUAGAACUCUCCAAAGACACAGAGAAAACAGUUUUUCCAGAUGGGGAGGAAAUCCAGAAAGUAGAGGACAAAAUGAUAGAAGAGAAGAUUAGUCACCAAGCAGACAAUGGAGCAGAGGAACAAAUGGAUCUUGAGCCAAAGCGACCAGAAACAAUUAAACUGACUGUGCAUGCAGUAGCUGAGGAAGAAACAUCCGAGAAAGACUUUCCUUUAAACGAUAAAUCUGAGAAGCCAGAGCCUCUAAACAAAGAAAAAGCAGAAGACUCCUUCACAGAGGAACAAUCUUCUGAAGCUGAAAAGAAAGCACUCAAAAGUCAUGAGGGUUCUAAAGAAAAAUCUCCUGGAAAUGAUGAGGGACAGACUACCAUUAGAGACCAGGUAGAAGAGGGCACAAUCAUCCUAUUUCCGGAGACAGACAUAAGGUGUGAAGCUGAUGGCGAGGAGGCAAAGGAAGACAGGUCUUCCAAACUCACAGAACCAGGAGCAAAAGAAUCCAAAAAAGUAGGAGAUGUUGAAUAUAAGAAAGGAUACUCGGAAUUAAAACCAGAUGAGGACAAUAGUCAGAAUACUGCUCUGGGAAAUAAGAGCCAGGGAUCAGGUACAGAAUGCAAUCAGGACCGUUCUGGGAAGAACGAUUCGAAUUUGUGUGAAAGCAAAUCAAACGAGUUGAUACAAGAUAGCAGGAAGCUAGACGAGGAGACAUCUGGUUUUCACAUACCUGACCCAAGUCUAGUUGCUGUUGCCACCCUAACCACUCAGGAAAGCAAACAGAAGGCUAGCGACCAACAUAGUCAUGGCAAACCUGAGGAACAUGCCGGCAAGUCAACCCAUGGGACAGAAGAAAUGGAGAAAGGGGAGACUGGAGAGACCGUGGAUGCUGGGAAGGGUCUUGCAGAGUCUGAACAAAAAAAUGAACAGGCUGACAAAAAAGCACAGGACACCCAGUGCUCAGACACCAAGACCGAGACAGCCUGUACAGAUAUGCCAGAGGUUCCGGCAAAACCAAUAAAGCGCCAGGGGCCUGCUGUGCCCCCCAGACCCAGCCGAACUGUCCCCAAGGACCCUGGCCCAGAAGUGGCAAAGAAAAAACAUGUGGUAAAUCUGCUUAGCAUCCACUUCCAUGCGUACCAUCCGAUGAUACAGCAUAUCCAUUAAUAUUUAUUUUAUUAACUACAAAUAUAUAUUUAUAUAUAUAUCUGUGCGUAAUAUAUGAAAAAAAGUGUUUCCAACACUUUUUUGCUGUCUCAUUGAAACGAGCUGACACAGCGCUGCAUUUGUCUACCAUGAACUGUGGACUGCCCCCUCUCUCCUUGCACCUCCUCCCCCUCCUUUAAACACCGAGCGGUCAUCGUGCUUGCACGUCGGUAGAAGCCUGCCGGAGUAUCGGAGCUUUGUCUUGACCCUGAAAGCUGUACUUUCUCACACUUUGGCUUGCAACUUGCUUUGGUUGUCUCCCUCCAACCAUCACUCUUUUUCCCUCCAACCCUCAGUUUAAACAAACAUUUAGACAUGUCUUUCAGCUGGUUGUAAGGAAAAAGACGUCUUUACGCUUUUUGCGAUGGCACUGCCCACUCCUAAGCUCAGAGGUUUCUCCAGUGCUUAAUUUGUCAGUGCCAGUGUCUCUGAUGCCGCCCAGAAUAAGGUCUGGAUGGGUGAGUGGGUCUAAAGUACAAUUAAUUUGAGCAUUUCACUUUACAACCAAACCAGCUUGAAACAUUUUCCACAAAUGUGAAAUUGAGGCUGCAGUUUCCCAACAAUUGUAAAUAAAAAAAGAAAUGAUUUGAUAAAAAGCCUGAAAUGCAGUUACCUAUUUUGUCUACAAGAAGAAUCAGUUAUGAAGGUUGUGACAAAGCUUCAACAGCAAUACUAUUUCACUCAUGCUGUCAUGUGGUGGCAUGCAGCUUUAAAUCUUUCAGGAAUUUAAAAAGGGAUUCCUAUCAAGUUCAUAAAAUCCCAGAAGCUGUCAGUCUGUCAUCUUUAUCAGAUACUAAAUCAAUUCCUGCAGACAGAUGGAAAGGCAGAUAGGUGGCUUUGGUCAGUCUCCUGGGAUUCAGCACUUGAUCCAUCCCUGUGAGGGGAUGACCAGCACCCCGAGGGCUGGUGUUGGGGAAGUACUAUAGAAAAGGAGAGCUUGUGUGUUCAAACUCAGUGAGAGACCCCUGAGAUUGAGUGGCUGCUCUGCCUGCUCCCUGCACCCCUGAACCAUUGCUCGUUUCUCCUAACUCUGCACCCCUCUCUUUGUCAGCACUGCUCUGUGUAGGACCUUGGCGUCAAUUACACUGGCAGGCUUUCUGUCAGAUGUUUGCGUGGUCCCAGAUUUUGAACUGGUCAAUGCAGAACCAAACAUUUUUUAACUGUUAAAACAACCCAAGA